CUUGGACGUUCAAAACUUCAACCAUGUGUCAGCAGAUUUGAGAGUUUAGAUGUACAUACUCACCAGAAGAGCAGUCAAACGUUGAUCGAUCAUCAGUCCUACAGCGAACAAUAUAUCGUGCCUGUUCAGUGUUGACCUCAAUAAUCCUGCAGGAAAUGCUGCUCUGGACGUCAACCCAGUCACCUCACACGUCCCACCUCUUCGAAUUCUAGUAUGGGACUCCCACGUCUGACAUAACUGCACUUGUGUCACUUGGUGAGAUGUUUCACUCCAAAAACUUCCAAUCAAUAUUGUCGCACCAAGCCAGGUGAUGUAAUCUACACUAUGACUGGCAAAUCUAUCGAGUUCGACAACAUGGAUGCUGAAGGACGUCUUGUUCUAGCUGAUGCGUUGUACUACGCAUCAACCGAGUUCAAGAUGCACACGGUCAUCGACGUUGCUACUCUCACUGGGGCUAUGGAAGUCGCACUGGGUGAUAUCUACACUGGUGUUUUCACGACCUCCAAUGCCCAUGCCCUUUGGGACCGACUGAGUUACGAUCACUUCUGGCGCAUGCCCAUCGACGAGGAUUACAGCACACAGAUCUACUUGUCUAAUGCUGACUUGUGCAACACUAGCGGGAAACCAACAGGUUCAUGCACCACUGCACUAUUCCUUAAUGUGUUCGUAGAUAGCAUCGAGGACAAGGAUGAACAGGAACCCUCUGUCCGACGGGCUCACCUUGAUAUUGCUGCGACUAUGGAGUUCACGCGCUCAACACCAUACCAAGAGAAAGGAAUGACUGGGCGUCGUGUUCAUGCAUUGGCAGAAUUUUUCAAACGUCUCUCAAGCCAAGAAUGA